GGCAGUGGCUAACUUGGUUUAUUAAGUUCCUCGAGCAGUCAGUGGACAGUCUUAAUGGACUUGAGAGAUAGCGAUGAGACACUUCAACUGGAUUGCUGCUAUAUAAGAUUUCUACCUCACACAAUUAAUUAUCCAGUGAUAUUUUAAUUUCCUAUUAUUUAUAAUUAUUCCGACCAUGUACAUUAUGAUCUGUUAACAUUCAGAUCUACAUUAAGGAUUUAUAACUUUACCAACUAUUUCUACAAAACGGAAUAUUGUAUUUACACUCUGAUUCUUCUCCAUUUAUAUUUUUAGUGUCGGUUUGCAAAAUAUAUUUUUCUCCUUUUAAACUCUGAUUUUAUUCUUCCUACAAUAAUGCUUUCUUAAAUGGAAUACUUAUUCAGAAGAAAAUUGUGUUUUUAAUGUUUUAAUUAAUAAUUUACACGUUGAGUUGAGAUUAAACAUUUGGCAAGUGUUCAUUUAACCGUGUCACUUAAGCAUAGCAUCAUCUAUGUUCGCUUCAACAUCUUUCUCGAUAUUAGCAAUAAUUAGAUGUAAUACAUAUAUAAACACACUCUCACGUAAUGUAUUGUAUGUAUAAUAUUAUUUUGGCUAAAAAGGUAUUUUUGAUGAAUGAAGCAUUUUCUGUGAAACGCAUGUUAAGAUAAACAUUCGGCAAGAGUUCGUUUAUGUCUCAUCUUCAAUUAAUAUAAACCUACUGCUUUUUAUUGAUUAUAUAUAUAUAUAUAUAUAUUUAUUGUAUACACACACAUAUAUAUAUAGCGCACACGCGUAUACAUACAUACACACUCUUGGUGCCUAAUGAAUCGCUGUACGGAAGAAAUGUUUUACUAGAGUAAACAAUUAACAAGUAAUUGUUUAAGCGGACCAUUUACACACUCGCGCGCGCGCAAAUACACUCUUGCACGCGGACCACAUACACAUAUAUAUAUAUGUAUAUAUACAUAUAUAUAUCUAGCCAUACAAUUUUGUCCCAUUUGACCAAAUGCUUCUUGAAGCCUGUUCGGUUGUUGUAGCAGCAAGAUGGCGGUUAAACUUUAUUUCAGUAUAGUCCGACUGGUGUUUCUUUGCACCACAUUAUUUAUAUGUGCUUUAGCUAACAGCUCGUCUUCGUCGAAUGGCAUUGAUUUACUGAAAAAGAAGAAAGAGGACUUUUUACCAACUUCUUUGCCAAGUGAACCAUCUUUAAUUUCCAGUGCAUCUCCUUUACUACGGCCAUCAUCAUCACCUGGUUUACCAACGUCCCCGGUUGGUAAUAGUGGUGAUAACACGUUCCUUUCCCAGACGGGACCUUUAUCAAAACCGAUCACUUCAAAAAAGGAAACGUUCACUACUACGCACAGUGAGAUCGAUAUUCCUAAAGAUCCGAAGGACGGGAAGCACGAGGGGAAUUCUCGGAAAGCGAAACAUGGCAAAUCUCAGUACAAGAAAUCGAGAAUGAAGGGUAUUUAUGAUGACCGUUUCUACCGGGACAAUAGCCUUACCGUUCAAGAACCAAUUAAUCCUAAAGACUUUGGAGGAAUUAUUAUAGAACAUGAAGCUCAACGUUUGUCUGCACACCUAAGGAGGCUGACCAACGAAGAAAUUGGAGUUACUACUAUGCAGGCAAUUUAUGACUCCCUUCCUUAUGUGACUAUUUACAGAGAUGAAGAAAAACGGCUUGAUGUGAUUGCUGAUCGGCUGAGAGAACGUUUUGAUAAUUACAUAAAAGUUUUAGGAACAAACAAGAUUACGGUGGAACAUUUAUACAAAUUUCAUGUGAAGCAACCUGUUACUCGUAAACUUAACUGUUGCAACCUGCCAUUUAAUGAACUAAUAUCUCAGUCACAGUAUCGUUGUAAAAUUUCCACUCGGAAUAGCUGUGACUUGCUACCACCUAAUCUGCCACCAGGAGCUUUUAAUCCUGGUCGUAAUCUGACUGAUGUAUGGCACAACAAUGUUCAGUACUUCCCAAGCCUCAAAUGGCAAUACUUCAUCUCAGUUCAAGGCAUUCAUAAUGAAUAUCCAGCUAACACUUUUGAAUGGUCUGAAGAUUGUUUAAAUGUCCAUGAUAUCAGACACAGAGAUGUAUUCGUAUCUACGAUCCGACCACAACGUAAACAUUUAGUUAUUGUAAUGGAUCAUGGAUUAUCUUUAAGUCUGACUCAACUCAACACUGCUAAAGCUGUAGCAAAACAUUUGUUGGAAUCUCUGUCAGAAAAUGACUAUGUUGGAGUUAUUGGAUUAGCUGCUGAACCAACAUACCCACGAGCUGAUUCCUGUCUUCCACAUACACUGGUACAAGCAACUUAUGAGACUAGAUUAUAUUUCAACAAAUUUUUAGAUGGCUUAAAGAAAGAAAAUGCUGCAACCAACCACUCCCUUGGAUUUCAGUAUGCUUUUGAAAUGAUAGAAAAUUCUGGUGACUCGGUAAUUGACAAAGAAGACAAAGUCAUGAUUAUGUACAUCAGUCGUGGCUUGUUAUCAAUUCUGACUGAAGCCCGAGAUGUAUUUGAUACUAUCUCUUACCAUAACACCAAACUGAAUUUCAAAGUUAUUAUCAAUACAUAUGCUGUCAUUGAUGAUACCAUCCCAACAAUGUAUGAAAAGAGCUUCUUACAAGAUGUUGCUGAUCAAAAUUAUGCCAAAUAUGAUGUCCCAUAUGAGAAUACAACAGCAAUUUUGAAAGGAAUGAUGGUAGCUAUAAACAAGACAAAAGAUCUCAGUUCCACUGUUGGGUUGUUUUAUCGUCCAUUGAACCAGUCUGACAAAUAUCUACCUGUAUUCUCCUUGCCAUACACCGAUGAAGCUGACAAAGCUCUGACUAUGAGUAUUAGCCAAGCAUGUAUCCAUGAUGGAACUUUGAUAGGAGUUGUUGGUGUUGAUUUACACAUGGAAGAUAUUGCACAAGACAUUACCUAUUUCAACCAAGAAGAGUCAUCAUAUGCCUUCAUCAUCAACACAGAUGGCUACACUAUUAUGCACCCAUCUUUCAGUCGGCCAAUCAGGACCAGAUUACAGCCAAUGCAUACAGAUAUAAGACAUUUUGAAAAUGUACCCAAUUUUGCUGAGAUACGAGAUGCUAUUUUAAGGAAAGAGCGAGGCAGGGAAAUAGCUCCUCUUGAAGGCAAUAUAACAACAGAAAAGUCUGAAAAUGAUGGCCAAGCCACAAUCAAUAGUUCUUUUGCUGUGUACAGCUGGAGAAAGAUUCCAAAUGUACCGUAUAUUGUGGUAAUUAAAACACUCACAGAUAAAAAAGAAAGACGUCAAAUGAAAAAGAUUCAUGUGCUCACCCCAGAAUUGGUAUAUCACAGGUUAGAUUUACUACCAACAGAUAACAUGUGUGUCCAUCUAAAACAACUUUCAACACUUGAUAUCAGCACUGUAUUCCUUGCUGCCAACAGUUUUAUCAAUCCAUUUGAACAUUUAAGUCAAGAAGAAACCAGAAGAAUGGUACAAGGCUAUAUAGCUUUCCUAAAAGACAACACUCGCCUAAUCCAAAAUCCAGGACUGAAGGAUCAAAUUCGAAAUGAUGUUGCUGCUACUGCAAGAAUUAAUGAUGAAUGGGUGCGACGUUUCCAUACAAGUCAACUGAACGAUUAUAUCAUACGACGAUAUGUUGCAACACCUGGUGGUUCAUUCCGAGUUUACCCAGGUACACUAAUGGAUAAGACCUAUGACCCCACUAAAAGACCCUGGUUUGAAAGAGCACUUGCUUUCCCGGGUUUUGUGACACUUGCUGCUCCCUAUCUAGAUGUUGGAGGUGCUGGCUAUAUUGUCACUGUCAGCCAUACUAUAUUUGAGGGAAAGAGAGCUGCACUCCACAGUCCUCAAGACAAAGUUGCUGCUGUGAUGGGCAUGGAUAUCACCCUUGGCUAUUUCUAUAAGAUUCUGGCUGAGAAAGUACCAGCCUGUGAACAGCCAACUGUUAGAUGCUUUAUCAUGGAUGACAAUGGCUACCUCAUUUCCCAUCCUGACCUCAUUGAACCAAAUCGAAAAGGUCCUGUUGAGCAACAACAUAUCACACACAAAGAACCACUCAUAGCAAAUGAUAUAUUGAAUCAUCGAGGAUUUGUCCAGAAGAAACUCUGCAAUAGAUACAAUGACCGAACUGUUCAAAGAUUCUAUAAUUUCAACACUAGUCUUGAAGGAGUCCUCACAAAUUUGGUCCACGGAGAACAUUGUGCUCGUUACCAGAUAACUCAAAUUCCUGGCACAAAUGCUUUCCUUGGAAUAGUCAACCAUACUUGUGACACAGCAACUGCUUUCUGUCCUUGCAGCAUGAUUGACCGUCUGUGUCUAAAUUGUCAUCGAAUGGAGCAAAGUGAAUGCGAGUGUCCCUGUGAAUGUCCCCUUGAAAUGAACUUUUGUACUGGAGGCUUGUUACAAGAAGACGACAAUAACCCAAGCUGUGUACGUUACCCAGAGGAAGGAAAGUUAGCUAAAGUCACACUAGAAAUGACAGAUAACCUUGUACAGUGUUAUCUUCCAAAAUGCCAAGAUAGACCAACAAAAAUGUCGUGCCUUGGAGUUCUUGGCUGUGAAUGGUGUGAGAUGCAGGAUAAAGAUGGUAUGAUCAUUCCAUUGUCAAAGCCCCAUUGUGCAACACAAGCCAUUUGUUUUGGUGGGAUACUUGGUGCUGAAACCCCCUAUGGGGAUCAGUUACAACAGCAACGUUUUCUGUUUUCAGCAGUGAUCCAAGAUGCUGAGCCUGUAAAUGUAAAAACUACUCCAGUUGGUCCUGUUGCUGGUGGAAUCAUGGGGAUAUUUCUGGUUCUUGCAUUGAGUGUGUAUUGUUAUCGUCAUCAUGUCCACCGGUCUUCCCACCAGUAUGUCACGUCUUUACCAGACAAUCAAGCUCGUAUGUCAAACUACUAUGAAACAGAAGAACCUGAACAACAUGAAGAACUUGGUGCAGGUCACACCAAUUUUGUUUUGGCACCAUUUGAAAAUGCUGCAAGUAUUUCUCCAUACCGCGUGAACACAACUUAUCGUCGACCAGCCGGGGGAGACAGCGACCAUGGUUAUAGUACAAUGACACCUCAUGAAGACAGUGAGCAUGCCAGCCUACCAUGCCUAGAACCACUACUAAUUGGGAAGGACCGCUUCAAGCCUCCAACAUAUCCUAGUACCAAAGCACCUGUUAUUCCUCCACCCCCAAUCAUUUGCAGCCGUCGCAGCCGCAGCCCAACACCUCCUCAGGCUCGUCUCUCUUCCUACACCCCUAUUCCUGAACAGACAUUAUUGCCCUCCCAACAGACUGUUGUUGCCAGUACGAUCCCUGAGGGGUCUCAUAGUGUCAUAGCAAAUGUGCAAGUCCAUGUAGUUGAUGCUCAUUGAUAAACAAACAUUCUCUUAUCAAAAUUUGCUUAUAAUGUCUUCUGAAAUAAGAGACAAAUAUCAGCAAAUGUGUCCUCUUAUAAAUGCAUAUUAUAAUACAGACACGUGCUAUUUUGUGUAUGUGUGUGUUAGUGGGGUAGGGAUCAGAGAAGGAAUGAGAGAGGGAGGAGGUGAUGUAGGUAUGUAUGUGCAAAUGUGUGAACAGAAGGGAAGAACAAGUAAAAAUGUAUUUACGUAAAUGUACAUUAACCAAAAUAAUUGAAGUUGCCUCUUCAAUAUUAACUCAUCAGCAUUUUUAAUUUUUUUUGAGAAUGGAAAGGAUGAUUAUAAAUAGGUAUUGGGUCAUUUUGAAUUUGAUGCUGUUUCCAGCUUAGAGGUUAAAGCUAUGAGCAUGUUACAAAGUAGUCUGUGAUUUAAUUCUCCCUGUUAUGUAUGAUAACUUUUUUUUUUAUUUUGAAAUGGGAGCAGUGGAAACCCUAUCAUUUAUAUUUGAGAACCUUGUUAAACUUUUAUUUAAAAAAAAAUAGAAAAAGAGACAAAAAUAUGAAAUGAAACAAAAACAAAAAGUGAGAAAAGCAAUGAGCAUUAACCAUACACAUUAUUUGUUUGUUCCUUUAACCCUUGCAAGUGUACACCUUGACCACACACACACACACACACACACACAUAUUUGAUGAAGCACCUCUACAGUUUCUUGACCUGCUAGAAGUAGCAGCCAGAUCCUUUCAAAUAACACCCUGUCAUAUAUAUAUAUAUAAAAAAAGGACACAUUAAAGAAUGUAGUCUUAGAGUCAUUAUCUGAAUAAAAUACAUGGGGCUGGAACAUCUUUGAUCUGCUGGAUGAGGGUUGAUCUGGAACUAAAAACAAUAAGGGCACAUUAGAUAAUGUAGUCCAAGACUAACAUUGUUCACAAAAAAAAUAUGGAUGGUCAUGGCUGAAACAUUUUUGAUCAUUUGUCCGCUCAAUCAGUGCUGACCUGGGGCUAAACAACUACAUUUAAAUCUGAUACUAACCAUUUGUAGCUAAUUAGGUAUCAAAAAUAUUAAACCACCCAUUUUACUUAAACACCAGUAUUUAUCUAAACAUUAACAAUGAUUACUUCAUUUCAUGACAUUAUUAAAAUCAGCAAGUGUGUGUGUUUGUGUCUUUUUGCAUUUUAGUUUGAAAUAAUUAUUUUUCUGUCCAGUAUGAAAUAUUUAAAAAACAAAAGAUGAAAUAAUUCCUUUUGUCAGGUUUAAUAUCAUUGUAUAAUAAUAAUAAUGAUGAUGAUGGAUAUUCUCCAAACUGCAUCUCUGUAGAAUUUUCUUAAGUUGAAAGAGAGAUAUAAUUGUAUUAUGGUAGACAGAAAGAUGUAUUUUCUCAUACAUCUGCAUUUGGAUAGGAGUUAUUGAACUACAGUUUUAUUUCUCCGAAUAUAUGAGGGCAAAAGAAUUUUUUUUUAUCACCCUACCAGAAUUUCCCUGUUUAUGUAUUGUUACUUUCUCUCUUUCUCCUUCUGUGUAUUAAUGUCAUUCUCUCUCUCUCUCUCUCUCUUCUCAUACAUUCUCUCACAACCAAAAAAAAAAAGUCUUUUCUCAUCUCACUGUAUAUACAUAACAUGUCCAGUGUUCAUUAAACAACAACCAUAACCUUUAGCCAGAAAUAAGUUUGAUCAAACAGUUCCCAGAUAACCAUUUAUUUAUAUUGAACUUUCAUUUAUUCAGUUGAGACCUUUUCUCCUUUUAAAUCUAUCCUUUAACCCUCUCCCACCACUCUUCUUCCAAAUGUAUCACAGUGAUUGCCAGAAACAAAUACAUAUUUUUUAAUUUACAGCAGAAAUCUGUUGAUACUUCAUGAAUAUUUUCAACAGCCGAAGUUUAUUUUAUGUCAUUUCUUUUUUUUUUAUUUCUAAUUUUCUUAAUUAUUAUUGCAUCAUGAUUUCAUUGCCAAUUAGUGAAUAUAAAUUCAUCUCUGCUUGCAUUCUCAUAUCAAUGAUGUAUGUGUGUGUGUGUGUGAAAAUAUAAGAGCAAAACUUUUGUAUUGUUUCAAAAGUUUACUUGUGUCUAGUACACUAAGUAAUAGUAUAUUUAAAGUUAUAUAUUAUGAUGCAUAAAUAUUUAUAUAAAUUAUAUUUAUCACACAUAUAUAACAUACAUAUGUAUGUAUAUAUAAUAUACAAAUAACAUAUAUCUGUGAAUAUAAUUGUAUAGGUUCUUCUUGAGAUGAUAGAUGUUACUGAAUGGUCUAAAACUUUUUAUCUAAAUUUUUCCCUUAUUAAUGUAGGCUCACCAAUUAAUAUAUUAUUAUUAACUAGAAAUCAAUAUUUGAAACAUCUUUUCUUGCUAAGCCAUUUCCAUUUAGUAGUGAUUGUAUUCUUGUCAAUGUCCACCAUAUUUUCCAUGUAAGUCUGACAAGAAAAAAAUGACACACAUAUAUAAUAAUAAUAAUAAUAAUAAUAAUAAUAAUAAUAAUAAUAAUAAUAAUACAAAAAUGUAUUAUUGUUAGCACUGUUGUGUCACUGAGGACUGGGUCUUUGGAAUCACUUGUGUCACAUUCCUGGCAAUAAUGUCUGUUAAUUUGUUAAUUCCCUCCAGUUCUUCUUUUAAUUUCAGUCAAGUCUUGUUAUAUAAAUAAAUAGAAUUUUUUGAAAAAUAAUUAGAUAUGAAGAAAAUACUUUAUAAAUAUAAGUGUUAACUAUUUCAACAAAUCAAAAAAAAAUUUAUAAAAACCAUAAUAAAUGGGCAAACAAGUGACCCCCACCUCUUCUUUUUAUCAUUUGAUAAUUACAAAAAAUAUCCAGUUAACACUUCUUUAAAUACUGAUCUCAAUUCUCUCAUUAAACUAACUAUAAUUAAACAGAACAGGUGUUUUGUUCUCUCUGACGAUAUUUGUUCUAUUGAAUUCUACCUGACUCCAUAAUAUCUUAAAGCAAGGUGAUUGAAGGUGUUGGAAAUUAUGGAGAAUCACAGCAAGCCAACUUCAUAAAGUGGCAGGCAGAGACUACCAAGUGAAAUAUGGAUUUGGAGAUGCAAUUUCUGUUGUCAAUGCUGUGCUGUAUCCAUGCCCAACACUCUCAGUGGCUCAUCUAGAUGAUAUAGUUAAUAGACAGGGGAUCCUUCUUGCUCUAUCUAAUAGGAGUAUUGUUGAAAUUUGUAACUGUUUUGUUGGUUGGGCUUGGCUAAUAUGUCUUGCCCUGGAUAUAUGUAUGUUACAUGAAGUUUUCAAUAGCCUAUUGGAUCACUGAGAUAUAUAUAUAUAUAUAUAUAUAUAUAUAUAUUCAUUCAUUUAUUUAUUCAAAGUUCAGGCUUCCUUCUGUAGAUAUGAAAAAGCUCUAUACUGUUACCUUCUGUUUGUACAAUCACACACACACAAGUAUAUAUAUUCUUGUGUAACUUGCCCUUAGUAUAUACAUGCAUGUAGUUGAGAUUCUGCAGGAGUUCAUCCUAUUUACCCAGUAGGUUAAAAUAUAAACCAUUCUAUUUACUCACAUGAUAAGCACUCAGAGAAAUUUGUUGUUUUUUUUUAUCAUUGCUUCCACCUUGCCAUUGGGGUUAGAGGGUGUGUGUGGGUGGGGGUAGGGCAGGGGUUCAUUAACUUGUGUAGUUGUUACUGUAAAGACACACAAACAGUUAGUGCAGCACAGCAGUUUUGAUUUUAUUCAAUAACCAUCAGGGUUUUGACUUCAGCCUUCCAACCUUCAAGUUAUGAAAGCAAGGGCUAUGCUGAUCCAGGGAUUUGGUGGCACAGUGCAUCUCUUGCCUACGGGUAGAAUUCAGUAGAAAAUAGAAGUGGGGAAGGGAAAGCCUUUGUGUGGUUUCAUGUUGUGUAGUGUUGUGUCUUUCGCUUGUUGUGGCUGAUUCAAUUUACUAAUAUGAAAAGAAAAAAAAAAAGAAAAAUGAAUGACUUGGUGGAAAAAAGAUACCAAGUUACCAUUUUUCACUGGAGCAAAACAAUAGACAGGAUACUGUGGUUGUUGUAUUGAUACCACUGCAAUGUGCAUCCUUCUUUAGACCACAACAUGGUGUAUCUUUAAUGGAUUCCCCCCAUAACUGCAACAAGUUAUGACCAUUUGGUCUAACAAGGAAAUGAAAUUUGAAGUUUGUUAUAACUUCAAAUAUUUCCAGAACUAUGUUAAUGUGUCAUUUAUUUGAUCAGCUUCAUACCAGGGCAAGAUUUAAAUUUAAAUGAACUUCAAAAAAUGUUUUUAAAAGUAAAUUUAAUAAAAAAAAAUUAAACUCAUUUAAUUCCAUGUUUGUUUAUGGAUUGUAAAUAUUUAUCCUCUCUCUGUCAUGUAUUUGUACAGCUAUUUGUGAAGGCAGUGAAUGAAAGUGUUUGUAAAUGUAUUUUUGAGAGUGCGUUACUAUAAAUGCACGUGUGUCUGUGCUGGGGUGAAAUAUCAAAUAUUGCAUGGUUAAAUUUAUUGGUCAUAAAUGUUUGAAAACAACAAAAAAAAAGUGGGGGAGGGGGAAUACACAUGUACACACACACAUAUACACAUACAUCUUACCUAUCUCCCUGAUUCUUAAUUACUACUCAAAUAUUUACCAAUUUUCAUGUUUUUUUUUCAAUUAUUAUUGUUGAAUAUUCCACAUUCUCAUCCCCUCACCCUUUCCAUACCCAUCCCAAUAUUUAAUUCUGAGAAGUCAUAAGUGCAUAUAUGCACACACACACACAAUAAUGGCUUCUGAUUUAGGCGCAGGGCCAGCAGUUUUGAGGGAUGGGAUUAGUUGAUUACAUUGACCCUAGUGCAUGACUGGUUAUGAUUUCAGUUAAUAAUAAUGGUAAUAGUAACAGGAUUGCUUUAACAUGAAAUUUAAAAACUGAUUGAAUAAUCAAUAUUUUUGUCAGGUUGUAUUUUUAAUUAUUUUUCAAAAUCUGUUUUUAUUAACAAUAUAGUGUGUGUGUAAGAGAGAGAGAGGGAUUAAAAUUUUUUAAAGACUAAUUUUAAUAACAACAAAGACAUUCAAUGCAAGUUUCCAAUUACAAAAAUGUUUCUCUUUAAUGUAUGAUUACAUAAAUAUUUCAGGGAAUUACUGAAUUUAGUUGUAGUCUAUUAGUGGUGGUGGUGGUGGCCUGUGCACCUUAGCAACUGUGACUGCUCUAAGAGUCUAUGAUUGGUGUACUAGAUUCUAUGUUGUAUGAGGUGGAGUAUUCAUGUGAUGUAAGCUAUUUUAGUUUAUUGUGUGGUAUACUGAAGUAUAUUAAACAAUAAACAUCAACGAACAUAGUGUACCAUGUUUAUUGAUGUAUGCUGAAGUUUGUUGAUGCAUCAUGUCUUGUACCCUUAAUGACUGUUGAUGUACUCUGAUGUUUGUCUAUAUGCUUGUGUUUCAUGUACAAAAAUGAAGCAUGGGGUGUGCAGUAUGCAAUAUUAUGUUCUGUGUUUUACCCUAAAACUAUAUUAAUGAGGUAACAGUAGGGUCCUUAAAGUACAGUUUCAAAAUACCAGAGUAUGUGAUACACUGGAAGCUAUGCAUCCUAUGUUUGUACCCUGAGCUGUGUUUGGAUGUUCUGUAUCAUUUAAGUAUUAUUAGGUAUAUUGCUUGAUAUAUUGGUUCAGACUAUGGUGAAGUACCUUCAGGUAUAAUAUAAUUGUGGUGUGUAACAUGAAUAUGAGGUUAUAAUGAAUGUCCCUGUGAUAUGUUGGCUGUACAUCCACCACCAUUACUACCACCAAAAUGUUGGCAUGCCAUCGUAGAUCGCCAGAAUACACACACACACUUUAUACUUACAUUUUUUUAUAUAUAUCUAACUGAUGUCAGUCCUCUGUAUCAAAUAUUUCAUUUGUGUUCUGGUAUUGUCCUAGAUCCACAUAAAUCUAUUAGAUCGAAGUUUUUUCUUUUACUAGUUCUGUUUUCUUAAUUUUUUUUUCUUACUUUCUUUAAGGUAAAUGUCUUUGGUUUUGUUGUUAAGAUUGUAAUAGUGGUUAGUAUUAUGAAAAAAACUGAUUCAUUUUCAUUUUCAUGGCUUUUUUUAUUAUUUAUUUGUUCGCUUCAGGAAAAUUGUACGGGUAUUAAAGAAGUGAAAUAACUGUAGCAUGUUAGAAUUCACAUAAUUGAAAGGCUAUUUUCUAUACACUCAUGCAUGUACACAUAUACAUGCAUGUGUCUGUAGUAUUUAUUCAAAAUGAAUUGCUACAUACAUAUAUAACAUGUAUAAUUUGUAAAUAUAUAUGUAUACAAUCAUAUAUAUAUAUAUAUAUAUAUAUAUAUAUAUGUACAUAUACACACUCACACACACAUUUUGUGUCUGUAGAUAUGUGUAUUAUUUACCAGAAUAUUUUGAAUGCUUGCAUGUUCCCUUAUUUUGUAUUGCUCUUUUAUUGACUGUUGUCGUAGUUGUUAACUAUGUUGCUUACAGUAAAUAUAUAUGUGUGUGAGUGUGUGUGUAUAUGUAUAUAUAUAUAUAUAUAUAUAUAUAUAUAUAUAUAUAUAUAUAUAUGCAUACUCACACACAUAAAUGUACAUGUAUAUAAUUCAUAUAAAACUUGUUUUCGUUUAAAAUUAGAAGUUAUCUAUUUGAGCCCUUACACAUUCCAUAUGACUCCCUACAAAAUGUAAAGGAACUUUUGUAGGAACUUGGUAUGUGACUUAUCUUUUGAGUGAAGAUUUUCUGCUGCCUUUCUCAAUACUUGCCUUAAUUAAGGCAUACACUGUGUCUGUGUGUGUAUAUACUUCUCAACCACAUUUUGGGUUCUGUCCCAUAUCAUACUAUUUAUAUAUAAUUGCAUGAUAUAUAACCAGUAUUUAGAACACCAUGUAUAUCCUUAUGUAUAGCAAAAGAGGGAACUGCACAGAGGAUUCGUGCAUUAUUGUCCAAGUUUCAUUACAUGUUCUCCAUAGAAAGAUCACAGAUUACAUUCAGGAAAAUCAGUUUAUGUCCAUUAUCUUAAAUGCUUUAGUGAAGACCUAGAAAACUUCCCUGACCUGGAUUGCAUAAGUCAGCUGUUAACUUCACAUUAUUUAUGAACCAACUCUCCAGUUUUGUUUUCAGUAUAUACACACGUGUGUGUGCACAGAUAUAUGUAUGUUGUAUGUAGUAAAAUUGAUAAAAAGAAUACAGUAAACUUGCUGUGAAGAAUAAAAAAUCCAUUGUUUUGGACUGUAUCAUUCUUCACACAGAAAAGUUGAAAGAAAUUGAAACACAGCAGAGUUUUACUGUCACCAAGCCUUUUUAAAAAAAGGCUUGAUAACUUAGCUUUUCUGCAGUUGCUGUUGUAUUAAAAAUACAAUGUAGAGUUUGCUAGAUUAUAGAGUGAGGUUCCAAUAGUAGUUUGCUACAGUGUUCACUGGCAGAAUUAUUAGAAUGUUAGCUAAAAUAUCUUGCAGUAUUUAUUUACAGCCCAUUACAUUCAAAGUUCAAAUUCUGUUGUUCAACCUAAUAUUCCAUCUUUAUAGGGUUAAUAAAGUUCUGAUUUCAAUUGCUACUGACUCCCAAAUUUGUGGUUGUGUGUCUAUGUUAGAGAUUGUGAAGGUAAAUACGAAUAGAUGACAAUUUAUAAAACACUGAAUUUCGUGUCUCAGGGUAUUUAGUUCUGUCCUUUUUUAUUUUUAUUAUUAUUAAAAUAUUCACGGAGUUCACUCUGCUUUUCAUUCCUUCAGGAUUGAUUAAAUAAGUACAGUAUUGGGGUUGAUUAAAUUGACUUUGCUCUUUCCCAAAAUUUGAGGCCCUGUGUUGUUGUAAUUAUGAAGAUGACAGAAAUAGAUAAUUGGACAAGAUGCUUGUAAGUAUUUAGUUGUAGCUUUUUACUCCAGAGUUUAAAUUGUUUUGAGACUGACCCUUCAUCAUCUCAGAGCCAAGAAAAUAAGUGUUUUCAAUCAAAUCACUUAUGCCUUUUUUUCUAAAAAUGUGCAAAUCUCUAUCUACUUUAGAAAAUCAUUAGUGCAGCAAGUUAGCAGAAUUAUUAGAGCAUUGGCUAAAAAUGUCUUUCAGUAUUUGUUCCAGCUCUUUGUGUUCUGAGUUCAAAUUCAUCUGAAGUUGACUAAGUUGGGGGUCGAUGUAAUCAACUAAUUUUCCCCCUCUCAAAUCUAUGGCCUUGUGCCUAUUAUUAAUAGGGUGAUGUAACAUAUGAAACUGAAAAUGAUAAAACUGAGAGCAGUUGCUUGGCAAAAGCAGCAGAGCAAUUACCUAAAUAUCUUUAGUUUACUCUUCUGUUUUCUUGCCCAGGUCAACUUUGCCUUUUGGGCCAAUAAAAGAAAUCAUUGUUAUUUUGUGAGUUUGGCACACACAUACAUAGAGCAUUGUACAUAAAUGUCUUACAAUUUGUUGUCUUGUUCCUCAUGUCUUCUCUAUUCAAAUCCUGCCUGGGUCAACCUUGCCAUUUAUCUCAUUUGGGAUGGGACUAAUAAAAUAAGUAUGAAAAUGAAGCUGGUAAGUUGCAGAAUUGUUAUUGUAUUAACUUCUGUUUUACUUUCUCAGUUCAAAUUCUACUGGGGUCAACUUUGCCACACCAUCUGUUUGUGAUUUGAUUAAAUAAUUCCUGUUAACCUACUGGGGACUGAUCAAAUCGGCUAUAUACUGUCAUUACAAAAUUUGGCUCUGUGCCUAGUUAAAAAAAUAUAUAACAAUAUUUAUAAACCAUUGAUUUUUUUUUCUUUCUUUCCAACUCCUUCCAACUCUUCUCCAUUUUCAUUGUUUCGUCAUCUUACCAUUUCUUUACCUCAAGGUCAUUCAACUGUUCAACCAACACUGGUUGAGCAUCUGUUGUAAUAUUUUAUACUUUCUGUUUCCACCAUAUUAAUCCUACUGCUGCUACUCAUGAUGAUGCUUUUUUUUUUUAUUUUGCAGCUAAAAUUUAUAAUAAAAUUGAUUAUUGAAAAA